AUGAGCUCCGCAACGAUAGCAGCAGUUCCAGUUUCAGACGAACAGAAGAAGAAUGACUUUUUCACUCCAGGUGAUUGGUUAUAUUGGACAUGCAAAUUUCAAGAAGCUCGGCAACAUUUUCAAACCGCUCAGCAACAAUUAUUUUUAAACGAUUCUGAUUUGAUCCGAUGUUACAAAUCAAUAGGUGCUGUUGAAGUCCAAUUGAAAAACUAUGAUGAUGCAAUCAGCACUUAUCAAAAACAAUUGAAUAAACUGAAUGAAUGUCACUCUUUAGACAAACUUCAACAAAUCAUCACAUGUUAUAUCUCAAUAGGGAAAGUUUAUUGGUUAAAACAGCAAUAUGAUCAAGCUAUUGCCUAUCAUCAACAAGCACUUGAACUUAUCCAAUCUGACGUGGAUUCUACAAUUAAUCUUUCAGUUAUUCAUCAGAAUCUAGGCAAUAUCUAUACGAAUACAAAGCAAUUUGACUUAGCGUAUGAACAUUUUCAAAAAGCACUACAAAUUGAUGGUCUACAUUUACCGAAGAAUCAUCCUAAGAUUGCCCAAACUUAUGCAAACAUGGCAUUAAUGUAUCAGUCGAAACAAGAUUAUCAGAAUGCAUUGAUUUAUUUUGAAAGAGCUUGUGAAAUCUUUCUCAAUACAUUUUCAAAAACUCACGUGUCCGUUGAAAAGUUAAGAAAAGCCAUACGCGCCAUCGAAUUCUCACCAAGUUUACAGGUAAAUACCUACUAUCUUUUCCCUGCCUAUGACUUACAAUUUAUUUCCAAACAGCCUGUGAACUCAUCGGAUAUUCUCACUUUGAACAAUAUGACCAUCGUUUGGUUAGAUGAACAUAUUGGACUUGAUGAGAAUUGUCGUGAUUUGAAAAACGAAUUUCGUCGAAUUACAAACAGUUUCAAGAUGGUUGACUCUGUCGAAAGUUGUCGACAAUGCUUACCAUAUAUCAAAAAUAGAAAAGUCUUUUUCAUCAUUCAAGGUAAACAUGUCAAAGAGAUCAUUCCUCAUAUUGUUCAAAUUAUGUCACCAGAAAUGAAACCUGUUGUUUAUGUUUUUUGUUUGCAUAUCUCACACUUGAAUGAAUGGGCACAAGAACAGGAAUAUAUUAUGGAAGGUGGUAUGUUCAAUCAUGAAAAAGAUCUUCUGGCCAAACUCACAAGUGACGUAAAGAAAUAUAUUCAACAACAAUCAGAAGAAAAGACAACGUUUUUUGAACAGUUUAACCAAAUAUUCGACCAUUGUUGUCGUGUAAUAGAAAAAAUUGCAUCUCGUCAUUCAACAAAUAUUGAUGAAAAUGCACCUGUAGCUAUGGUCACACACUAA